CCGUGGGCAGGGCGCGCUGGCGGGCCGGGCCGGAGGAGCGCCCGGCAUGUCGCAAGGGCUCCCGGCCGCCGGCAGCGUCCUGCAGAGGAGCGUCGCGGCGCCGGGGAACCAGCCGCAGCCGCAGCCGCAGGUAGAGGGCGGGAGGCUCAGGGAGGGUCGUGGGGUGCGGGGAACCGGCGCGCCGCGGGGGGCGAGGAGGUGGGUGCCGGAGUUCCGUGGUGGUGACUGCGGAGGUGCAGAGGUUGCUGGUGCGGCCGGAGACAAGCAGAGCCCCUCCGGGCUUCCCCGGGGGUGGGCUGCCGCGGGAAUGGAGAACGCGGGACUGCAACGUUUACAGCUGAGCACUCAGGAAACAGACCAGGCUGGCCACAGGGACGGCCAUCUGGAAACUUUGCCUGGGUCUUGGCCACCUGCCUUACGACGAAGACUGGGUCUUUUCAUCCUUACUCCCCACCUUCCCAAUUCAGCGCUGGGCACAUGUCAUCAGAGCCCUGAGGAUGAUGACAGGAAGGUCCGAAGGAGAGAAAAAAACCGAGUUGCUGCUCAGAGAAGUCGGAAGAAGCAGACCCAGAAGGCUGACAAGCUCCAUGAGGAAUAUGAGUGCCUGGAGCAAGAAAACACCAUGCUGCGGAGAGAGAUCGGAAAGCUGACAGAGGAGCUGAAGCACCUGACAGAGGCACUGAAGGAGCACGAGAAGAUGUGUCCGCUGCUGCUCUGCCCCCUGAACUUUGUGCCAGUGCCUCCCCGGCCAGACCCCGUGGCCGGCUGCUUGCCCCGAUGAAGCUGAGGACACUCCUCUGCCCAACAAGGAGGCUUGGUCAUUUUCAUACCAGGGAGGAAGGGUUUCCCUUCACAAUUGUAUACAGGGGGCACCUGUGGCCAGGCCUCCUCCUGGGAGCUCCAGGACCAGCCAGCUGUGUCCCCUGCAGACUGGGCUCAGCACGGCAUCCAACAGGCACAAGACUCACAGAGCCCUUGUGCAGAUCCAGCAUGGAGGCCACCCUCAGGAAUGACUUCUCAUCCACCCUGGCAGCUAUUAGGUUCUGCUGUUAUGCAGAGCCAUUUCCUCUAGAAUUUGGAUAAUAAAGAUGCUUAUUGUCUCUCCCUUCUCCAGUGCUUGGAAUUUAGAGGCACAAUACACUUCCUUUUCCUGGA